AUGAAUUCUACUUAUAAUAUAAGUGAUCCAUUAAAUCUAACAGCGUCUGCUGUCAUCUUGCUCCUUGGAAUAUUUGGAAUUGGAUGCAAUUCCCUUGUAGUUUAUGUAUUCGUAAAAGUUCGUGUUGAAAGAACAUCAUUCAAUUUCAUCUGUGUUUGUCGAGCUGUAUGCAACAUGUUCAUUUUGAUAUGGGGAUUUCUUGGAACAUUUUUGCCAAUCACUUUCUUAAAUAACAUUUUGUUCUCAUAUGAAUACCACACAAUAGUGAUUGGAUCAUGCAACAGUGUCUACACUUCCCUUCAGUUCAGUGGCCUUCUGAUUGCUGCCAAUCGGUUCUGUGCAAUGUUCUUCCCUGUUCUCUAUUCUAAAAUAUUCGGUUUCAAAUUCACAAUUGUUAUCUCAUUUUUUGUAUUUGGAUAUGAAAUUGCAAAAGUCAUUUAUGAAUUCCUGGAUUUUGUGAUACGCUUGAAGUGCUAUCUCAUCUAUUUCCCAGAAGAAUUGGCAUGGGUUCCGAAAAUUCCAAAAGAAUGUCACGAUGGAAUAGAUGCGAAUCUUGACACGACUGCUAUUUUUCUUGGUCUGGUAGUUGCGCUCAAUGUCGCAACAUUCACGAAAAUCUUCCUAUUUUAUAAGUCAACUGAUAUGGAUUCAGAUGAGAUCAAGACAAAAUUGAGGAAGAAUAGAGCUCUGUUUCUGCAAACAAUGAUUCAAGAUGCCAUCAUUCUGGCAGAUAUGUUUUUCACUUUGAGAAUUAGUAGACUGAGCAACGCUCGUGCCUGGUCAUUCUUCUGCGGAACAGUCAUUUGGGAAUGUGUUCAUUCACUUGAUGGACUCAUAAUGUUGUUGUUCAAUGAGCGUUGGUCUCUACUCAAAAGUCAUUUGUUCAAUAUCUCUCAUCCAAAAUCUACAUCGUCAAGAACGACUCAAUCCAGAAUGUUUGGUUCUGAGAAGUGA